CACCAGCCCGCCUGCCGCCGCCCAACCCAUUGCGCCCGCCCCCCGCACAGCAUGGCCUUCCGACCGCUGCUACGGCCGCGCGCCGUCGUGCCCGCCCUGGCUGCCGCGCUCAGCGCCGGCGCAGUCUUCGCACCGCGAGCCGUCGACGCCGAGGAGCAGCCCGCCCAGCCGAGCUCAGCGCUCGUGCAGAGCCGCAAGCCCAUCUACGACGACGUGCCCGUCGAUGUCACGGCGGCCACGGCGCCCGCCCUGACGCAGCCCUCGCAGGCCCUGACGCCCGAGGCCGCGUACCGCCCGACGCCCACAGACCGCCUCGCCGAGCAGGUCGGCCUGGCGCGCAUGGCCCUGUACCGCCAGGCCGUCCGCAGCGAGCAGGGCAUCGACAAGGCCCUCACCGCGACGCUGCGCCUCGAGCACUCGUUCACCACCACGCUGCGCUCGCUGGCCCCGCCCAAGGAGUCUGGCGAGCGCAUCUUCCCCGGCGCCCUGUACGUCCUCGUCGCCGCCAUGGCGGGCUCCAUUGUCAGCCGCAACCGCAACAUUGUGCUGCGCGCCACCGUGCCCGCCGCCGUGGGCCUCACCGCCGCCUACGCCGUGCUGCCCCUCACAAUGAACAACGUCGGCAACCUGGCCUGGUCGUACGAGGAAAAGUACCCGGUCGUGGCCGACGCGCAUCUCAGGACAAAAGCGCGCAUCAGCCACUUCAUCGAGACGGGCAAGGCCCACACGGGCAUGACGGUCGGCAUGGUGCAGGACAAGGUCCAUGAUGUGCGCGACAGCAUGGAGGGAUGGGUCAAGAAGGGCAGGUGAGCGGUGGAGAUGAGCCGGCUGUAAAGGCUGGAGCGAGCGCCCUGUACAUCAGAAUUGGCAUAGACAGGAUGACUCGUGCAAUGAGACUGCAUUUUGUUUGUCG